AUGACUGGCCGUUCAUCUUCACAACAGACCCAUGGAAGAAAAGACGAUGAUGUAGCAAAAUCCGCAUCCACUCCUCAUCAAAUACACACUACUGCACCACCACCCGAAGUAAUAAAAUUAUCGCAAGAUUUCCACCACUCCCAACUCACGGAUCUACCAAAAAGAGAUUUCGCUAGUGGUAAGAAUUGGAUCAUCUUCGAUUCCCUCAUACCGGCUCUUCCCACCGAAAAGGGUAAGCAUUCGCCAUUUUUGAUUGAACCACCCGCUCAUCAAGUGACCACAGGAAUUCUUAUUAGAUGA